AUAUACAAAACCCGUAGCAUCCGCCGGCUUCUCUUGUCUUCUUGCACAGAGCACAGUCACAGAGAGGAGAGAGCCAAUCCAUCCACGCCUUCCUCUCCUUUUCCUUUUCCUUGCUCUAUCCGGCCAUUUGCAUUUUUCAUUUUACCCUUUUUCAUUAUCUUCUUCAUUACGGCUUAAUCAUCUUCUUAAUUAUGUCUUUUCUUUAAAGUUUAAACAAUUCAAGCACAGAUCUUUACCGUUUUGGCUCCAAACCCAACGUACGUUACCCUUUUUAAAUUUUGCUGUUUGCUUUUUCUUCAACGGACUUGCCUCUUCGGCGGCGACUUUUUGGUUUCUGGGUCCGGCGAGCUACAGUGGUCGGAGAAGAAUGGUUGUUGCUUGGUUUCUUUUUAUUGCUUUGGCGUCUUCCGUGGUUAGUUCCACAGUUGAACCUUACUAUGUUAACGACACCGCCGCGCUUCUUGGUUUGAAGAAGUCGAUUUCUCAAGACCCAUCGAAUCUCCUUGGUGGUUGGAAACCAAAUGGUAAUUACUGCAGAUGGUAUGGAGUCACCUGUGAUGAAUUUUCUAAGAGAGUUAUUGCCUUGAACUUCACCGGCGGCAGUUUGACGUCAUCCCUCGCUGGAACUCUGCCUGAUUCUAUUGGUGACCUGACGGAGUUGAAAGCUUUGGUCAUUCCUCACAACGCUUUUUUCGGUGAGAUUCCGGUGAGUUUGAGUAAGCUUCAAUUUUUGGAGGUUUUGGAGCUUCAAGGGAAUAACUUUUCCGGGGGGGUUCCUCAUCAGAUAACCACUAUUCAGUCUCUUCGCGUGCUUAAUUUAUCGUUUAAUUCAUUCACCGGUGAAAUUCCAGCUAGUUUAAUUGGUUAUGGGAAAUUUCAAGUUAUUGAUUUAUCCAAUAAUCUGCUUAGUGGUGUAAUCAAAGUUGAUAGUUCAAGCAAGUGUUUGUUUUUGAAACACUUGAAGCUCUCUAACAACCUUUUAGACAAGAGUAUUCCCAAGGAAAUUGGUCGGUGCAAAAAUUUGAGAACUUUGUUGCUAGAUGGGAAUCUUUUACAAGGUAGGAUUCCGGCUGAGAUUGGUCAGAUUUCAGAGCUUCGAGUCCUUGAUGUUUCCACCAACAGCUUCACUGAGGAGAUCCCAAAGGAGUUGGGGUAUUGUAGAAAACUCUCCGUCUUGAUAUUAACUAAUUCAAGCAAUUUCGUUGGCAAUGGAAAUGGUGAUGGGGAUAAUGGCAGUGGACUAGAUUUCAAUGCUUUUGAAGGUGGAAUCCCUUAUGAGGUCUUGAUGCUUCCAAGUUUGCAGAUUUUGUGGGCACCUAGAGGGAAUCUUUGUGGACGGUUGCCUAGCAAGUGGAUCGAUUCGUGCUCCCUUAGAGUUCUCAAUCUGGGCUUCAAUUAUUUCAACGGCACGCUGCCAAAUGGUUUGGGGACGUGCAAGAACCUCACUUUCUUGGAUUUGAGUUCCAAUUACUUCGUGGGUUACCUUCCAAUGCAUCUGCAAGUUCCAUGUAUGGUUUAUUUCAAUGUUAGUCGGAAUAAUAUGUCUGGUGCUCUUCCAAGUUUUGGUGAAGGCACUUGUGAUAAUAGCAUGAUCUCUUUUGGUCAAGAUCCUAACUUUUUGAAUGUGGAGGAUGUACAGAUUGCAUACUCUAAUAUUCCCGUCUGGGGUCCUCAGAUGAGAACUUCUUUGGGGUCAAAAAUGGAGGAAGAUUUCGUUGUUAUCCAUGAUUUUAGUUGGAAUCAAUUCACUGGUUUCUUACCUUUGUUCUCAGUAGGAGUGGCUACUAAGAAUAAACCUGCAUACAGUUUGUUGUUGAACAAUAAUAUGUUUAAUGGGUCUUUUCCUGAUGAAUUAGUCUCAAGUUGUAAUGAUUUGCUGAGCUUCUCUUUGAACUUGAGUGCAAACCACAUAUCUGGUGUGAUUCAUGAUUCAUUGUAUCUCAAUUGUGGAUCGAUGAUAAUGUUUGAAGCAGCAUAUAAUCAGAUUAGUGGUUCACUGCCUCCCAGUAUUGGCAACUUGAAGAAGCUUCAAUGUUUUGAUUUGAGAGGAAACAGAUUGUCUGGAACUCUGCCUAAUCAGUUAGGGAAUCUGAAACUUGUGAAUUCAAUUCUCCUGGGAAGAAACAAUGUGAGAGGAGGGAUUCCAUCUGAACUUGGUCAGUUGACUUCCCUUAGAGUUUUAGAUCUGUCUCAUAAUGUCCUAACAGGAUCCAUCCCUGAAAGUUUGACAAAUGACAAAAAUCUCCAAAUCUUGAUGCUCAACAGCAAUGAGCUUUCUGGGGAGAUACCAUCAUCUUUUGCAAACCUUUCCAAUCUCACCAUAUUUGAUGUUUCUUUCAAUCACCUUUCAGGUCAUAUACCCCAAUUUCAACAUCCAAUUGACUGUGAUUUGUUUAGAGGGAAUAACUUUAUGGAACCAUGCCCAUUUAGAUCCUCUAACUCAACACCUGAUUCAAAUGGAGAUGGAAAAUUGCAUAGUCACAGAAAUAAGAAGACUUUUAUAGUUGCAGUAGUAAUUUCUGCUUCUGUUGUACUCUGUAUUUCAUUGAUGGUAGUUGUGGUCAGUAUGCAUGGAAGGAAAAAGUUGGGUAGACUAUCUGACUUGGGAGGCAAAGUAAUAGUGACAUUUGCAGAUGCUCCACCCGAAUUGAGCUACGACAGUGUGGUCAGAGCAACUGGGAAUUUCAGUAUUAGGAACCUCAUUGGCACAGGUGGCUUUGGAUCAACUUACAAAGCUGAAUUAGCCCCAGGUUACCUUCUAGCCGUAAAGCGGCUCUCCCUGGGUAGAUUUCAAGGCAUUCAACAGUUUGAUGCAGAGAUCAGAACGCUGGGCAGAAUUCGACAUAAGAACCUUGUGACUUUGAUUGGAUAUUAUGUAGGAGAAGCUGAAAUGUUCUUAAUUUACAAUUAUCUUUCUGGUGGGAACCUUCAAACCUUCAUACAUGAAAGUUCAAGCAAAAAUGUAAAGUGGUCAGUGAUUUACAAGAUAGCUCUUGACAUAGCUCAUGCUUUAGCUUACUUGCAUUACUCAUGUGUGCCACGAAUACUUCAUCGAGAUAUUAAGCCUAGUAACAUCCUGCUAGACGAGGAGCUUAAUGCCUACCUAUCAGACUUUGGUUUGGCAAGGCUUUUAGAAGUUUCUCAGACUCAUGCCACAACAGAUGUAGCAGGCACAUUUGGCUAUGUCGCACCAGAAUAUGCGACCACGUGCAGAGUUUCUGAUAAGUCGGAUGUUUAUAGCUUUGGUGUAGUAAUGUUAGAAAUGAUGUCGGGAAAGAAAUCCCUUGAUCCAUCAUUUUCUGAGUAUGGGAAUGGCUUUAACAUUGUUGCUUGGGCUAAAUUGUUGAUCAAGGAGGGGCGUUAUUCGGAGCUCUUCUUUGUGGACUUGUGGGAAGCAGGGCCUAAGGAGCACCUGUUGGGAAUGCUAAAGCUUGCUUCGACCUGCACAGUGGAGUCACUUUCUGUGCGGCCAUCAAUGAAGCAGGUGCUUGAGAGAUUGAAACAUUUAAAAUCAUAAGAGCAUCUGGAAUUUUAGGCACUGGAUGGUGAUGGGAGCGUGAAGCUGCUUAUUUCUGCUGGAUUAUUCCAUAUCUUGAGUGCAGAAUCAGUUGCAUCUUUAGGUGGUGGAGGAUAAGAAAUCUUCAACUGGGAUUAUUUUGCCCAAACUGUUAGCUGUUGGGUGGUUGUACUCUAAUGUGACGAACAAUCAAGGCACUGUCCGAGGAUUUACAGCCGCUUGAUUUGAAGCAGAUUUGUCGAAUGCAAUUGCUAGCACUAGUUCCUUUCUGAAUUAUUGAAGAUGUGCAGGCCAUGCUUUGUUAACAUGCUUGUUUCCGCUUUUCUGCUAUUUCUACCACUCAUUGCUGAUUGCUUCAUUGUUUGGAUCGGAGAUCCUCCAAAUUGACUGAUUUCUUAAGGUUUGCAGAUCUUUGUACAUGCUUAUUUUUGUCAAUAUCAUCAGCAGGAAUAUAAGAGCAUGUUUAAAGUUUGCAGUUGAACAAAUCUGAUAUUUUAUUGCCUUUUCUAUUGACAAUCAUUUAUGAUAUAUUGUCUCAACUAUCA